ACCCGACCUGGGGCUGACCCGACCCCCUGGGUCAUGCCUGGAGCCAGGAUCCCAGCCGAGAGGCAGAGCCGACAGGGCUUCUUUUCUGGCUCCUACCAUCACCACACGAUUCGACCGAUACUCCAUGCAAGCAAGGUCCCAGCCGGGAAUUGAUCCCAGUCAGGAACCGGGACCCAUUUCUAACCGUCAGUGAGAUCUGAAUCGGGACUCUGGGAAGAAAAUCUGUCAGCCAAAACCCUGGAUCCCAGCUGGGACUAAACAGGAAUAGGGUGGGAUGGGAAAGGAACAGACCCGGAUGCAGAGCCUACAGCCAGAUCCAGCCGCCCGCUAUCGCAAUGUGUUGGAGGCCCUCUGGAGGAUUAUAAGAACGGAGGGCCUGUGGAGGCCCAUGCGAGGCCUGAACGUCACAGCAACAGGCGCAGGGCCUGCGCACGCCCUCUAUUUUGCCUGCUAUGAAAAGUUAAAAAAGACAUUGAGUGAUGUAAUCCACCCUGGGGGCAAUAGCCAUAUUGCCAAUGGUGCGGCUGGGUGUGUGGCAACAUUACUUCAUGAUGCUGCCAUGAAUCCAGUGGAAGUGGUCAAGCAGAGGAUGCAGAUGUACAACUCACCGUACCACCGGGUGACAGACUGUGUACGGGCAGUGUGGCAAAACGAAGGGGCCGGGGCCUUCUACCGCAGCUACACCACCCAGCUCACCAUGAACGUUCCCUUCCAAGCCAUUCACUUCAUGACCUACGAAUUCCUGCAGGAGCACUUUAACCCCCAGAGACGGUACAACCCCAGCUCCCACGUCCUCUCCGGAGCCUGUGCAGGAGCUGUAGCUGCCGCUGCCACAACCCCACUGGACGUUUGCAAAACACUGCUCAACACCCAGGAAUCCCUGGCUUUGAACUCAAACCUUACAGGACAUAUCACAGGCAUGGCUAGUGCCUUCAGGACGGUGUAUCAAGUAGGCGGGGUGACCGCCUACUUCCGAGGGGUGCAGGCUAGAGUCAUUUACCAGAUCCCCUCCACAGCCAUCGCUUGGUCUGUGUAUGAGUUCUUCAAAUACCUGAUCACUAAAAGGCAAGAGGAGUGGAGGGCAGGCAAGUGAAGUAGCACCAAAUGGAACCAGGGUUCAGCCAGCACUGAUGCCCUGCCCACGCCGGCCGUGUUUUCCGUCUUGAGACAUGUCCCAGCCUCGAGUGGAGGAAGGAAGGCACAGGGCUUGCUCUCCCCAGGCUCUGGGUGUCUGGCUGACACCAGUUCCUGCCGCCCUCUGUCGCCACCGCCUUUCCUUCCGGGCCCUAAGCAAGUGCAGCGAGUCCCACCACAGCAUCUCUGACACUCUCCUUCCUGGGCCUGAUGACCUGCUCUAGACUGUUACAGAGGGAUAAGCAGCUCAUUCCCCUGGUUCCUAAUAAAAAGCCUUUAAAUUAAA